CGACCCCCUCAGUCUCCCGGAUGUAGCUCCCGCUGCGCUUGCGCACGCCUGACCCCGGGAGGGUUUGUUGUCUGCGGCCUGCGCCGCGCUCAGGAGUCCGGAGAAGCCCCAGGAGAAGAGGCAGCAGCAACAGAGCGGAGAACCCAGGCCUUCCCCAUACCCUCCGGGACUGGAGGAGAACACGCAGGCCCGGCUCAGCCCAGUCUCCUGGAGGCCGACCAGCGGGACAGUACUGCGGCUAAAGUUGAUGCUAUGUCCUGUACCAGCCCCUUCAUAGAGGGACCUAGGAAUGAUGUACCCGUUUUUGAUUUUAAGUACCUGAAUUUGUUGGUGUAAUUUCUGGAUGACGGUGCAGUAAUCCACAAACCUCCUACAAACUUGAUUGGAGGCGGCCUUCCCUCUGCAACCCGUAACUAUUGUAGUGUUGAACUAAGCAGGAAAACUGGAUCCUCUCGACAACAUGUCCAUAACCAACACGCCCACAAGCAACGACGCCUGCCUCAGCAUCGUCCACAGCUUGAUGUGCCACCGCCAAGGGGGCGAGAGCGAGACAUUUGCAAAGCGGGCCAUCGAAAGUUUAGUGAAAAAGCUAAAGGAGAAGAAAGAUGAGUUGGAUUCCUUGAUCACUGCAAUAACUACGAAUGGAGCACACCCUAGUAAAUGUGUCACUAUCCAGAGAACGUUAGAUGGGCGGCUUCAGGUGGCUGGCAGAAAGGGCUUCCCCCAUGUCAUUUAUGCUCGCCUCUGGAGGUGGCCGGAUCUUCAUAAGAAUGAGCUGAAACAUGUAAAAUACUGUCAGUACGCCUUCGAUCUGAAGUGCGACAGUGUCUGCGUGAAUCCUUAUCACUACGAACGCGUUGUGUCCCCUGGAAUAGACUUGUCGGGGCUGACUCUGCAAAGCACAGCGCCAUCUAGCUUACUAGUAAAGGAUGAGUACGGUCAUGACUAUGUUGAAGGACAACAGAGCAUGCCGUCUUCCGAUGGGCAUUCGAUCCAGACCAUCCAGCAUCCACCGAGUAACAGGUCAUCCAGCGAGAGUUACAGCAAUUCUUCACUCAUGGUGUCCAGUGAGCCCAGCACCCCCAAUGCCUCCUCCUUUUCCAGCAUGCCCAUCCCUUCAACAACCCUUCUGAACAUCCCCAAAGCUGCUUCCACCUGCUGCUUCCCCGCGUCUCCGUCAGGUCAGCCCGCCAGUUUAUUGGCAACGACGCACUCUGAUGGACUGCUGCAGAUUGCCUCAGUGCCUCCCCAAGGGGCGCAGCAAAAUGGCUUCAACGCUCAACCAGCCACAUAUCAUCACAACAGUACCACAACCUGGACUGGAAGUAGAACAGCAGCUUACACACCCAAUAUGUCUCACCACCAGAAUGGACAUCUUCAGCAUCACCCACCCAUGCCCCAUCCUGGACAUUACUGGCCUGUGCAUAACGAGCUUGCUUUCCAGCCACCAAUAUCCAAUCACCCCGCUCCUGAGUAUUGGUGCUCUAUUGCUUACUUUGAAAUGGACGUUCAGGUGGGGGAGACCUUCAAAGUCCCUUCUAGCUGCCCCAUUGUCACAGUGGACGGUUACGUAGACCCGUCUGGUGGCGAUCGCUUCUGCUUAGGACAACUGUCCAAUGUACACAGGACAGAAGCCAUUGAGAGAGCAAGGUUACAUAUUGGGAAAGGUGUCCAGCUGGAGUGUAAGGGAGAAGGGGAUGUGUGGGUUCGGUGUCUCAGUGACCACGCCGUCUUUGUACAGAGCUACUACCUGGACAGAGAAGCUGGACGUGCUCCUGGAGAUGCCGUCCACAAGAUUUAUCCAAGCGCCUACAUUAAGGUAUUUGAUUUACGUCAAUGUCACCGACAAAUGCAGCAGCAAGCGGCCACGGCGCAAGCAGCCGCUGCAGCACAAGCGGCAGCAGUAGCUGGAAACAUACCUGGUCCGGGAUCUGUUGGUGGAAUUGCACCAGCUAUCAGUCUUUCGGCUGCGGCGGGGAUUGGCGUUGAUGACCUCCGUAGAUUAUGCAUCCUGCGGAUGAGUUUCGUGAAGGGUUGGGGCCCUGAUUACCCAAGACAGAGUAUAAAGGAGACCCCCUGCUGGAUUGAAAUCCACUUACACCGCGCUCUUCAGCUGUUGGAUGAAGUCCUUCACACUAUGCCUAUUGCGGACCCCCAACCUCUGGACUGACAGCCCCCAGUAGGAUCCCAUCACAAAUGUAUCCGUUACAUUGUCAAGAUUGAGGACUGAAAAGCGCAGUCAUCUUUGUAAUCAUGAAAAUAUAUAUAAAUAGAUAUAUAUAAAUUUAUGCACAUAGCUUUUUCUCCUGCUUACUCCAAGUCCGGGUUAAAUUAAAAUGUGUCGCCCUGUUAUCUUUUGCUAAAUGAAAAAAAAAUAUAUUUACGUUUCUCCCCCCCCCCAUAACCGAAGAAAAGUGUUUUAUCUGGUCUCAUUCAAAUCACUUCUUGGGAUGGAACGUGUCGAACGUGACGCAUUGCCUGUUAGUCCUUUAUUUUGUGUUCUAAGUGUCUCAAACACAAUUGUAAAGAGAUGAGACAGAUGCCUUGUGCAUGAAAUACUUGUUAGUGGCAAGCUGCAGCCUUUAUAUCCUGCAGAAGGCGCUUGGCUAGAAAUUACACAGUGUAAACUGUCAGGGGAUUGUCUGUAGAAAGUGUCCAACAACCAAUCAUAUUCUAAGGGGUAGAUUCAGUGAGCCACACUUUAAUGCUACAUGGGUUGUUCGGGAAGGGUAACACACCGGUAUUACCUGCAGCCCAAAGGGCAAUGUUUUUCUUCCUGCCUUAUUUGUUCGCUACUUCUGUGGCUGCCGUAGCGCUUAUUUGAAUUUGCCCCUAAUUGUAGUUGUACAGUAUAGAUAUAGGGGGUAAUUCAGACCUGUUGGCAUCCCUGCGAUCAGUUAGUCGCUGCCUACAUGGGGAAGGUAUGGAGUGUGUGCAGGUGUGCGAUAGCAUUUGUAGCAGAACUGCACAAACAUUAGUUUGUGCAGUUUGUGCUCAGCCCAGAACUUAAUCGCUGCGAUAAUCAGGGCCGAAGCUGACGACUGAAUACCUCGCUCCAAACGCCUGGUCCCUCCUGCGUUUUCCCGGACACUCCUUGAAAACUGUCAGUUGCCACCCACAUCCGCACUCUUCCUAUCAAUCUCAUUGCGAUAGCCCUGGCGUUUGGAAAUUUCGCACCAUUCUGUAGCUGAUUGGCGAUCCCCGUUCCUGCGGUCCAUCGCGCCUGUGCAUUGCGGUGCAUGCGCAGUUCAGAUCUGAUCGCAGGCUGUGAGAAAACGCAGCCUAACGAUCAGGUCUGAAUUACACCCUGAGAAACAACACCUGAUGGCAUUGCGGUCACAGCAUUUUCUACACAUUUACCUGUACGCGCACUAAUGCGAUCGAUUUGUACGUUAUAUAUCAACUGGGCUCAGCGGCUGACAGUAUGUCGUUACAGGAGUUUAGUUCUGCAGCCAAAAUGUAUAGUCUAUUUCAUAGAAUUAAAGAUUUCAGUUUGGCUAGUGUUAGAAUUAGCCACUCCCACCUUUUUUUUUUUUUUUGUUCAUGCCAAAACCCGUCCUUGUUCUCUUUUUAACCCUUUCAGUGUUUGUGCCGUAGCUCUUGCUCCAGUGGCCUCUUACUGUGACAACGCAAGUUUUAUUUUACCGUUUUUGUGCUACCCACUUUAUUAUGCCUAAACGGCUUUUCUGCAGCCGUGGACUUUUGUGUAUAAAUAAAAUCAAAUAACCGUUGUAGAUAAGAAAGCUAUUAAUACACUAAAUUGAUUGUUUUGGACCUGUAUGCUCUGUCUUAAAGGGUAAUAAAGCUGGCUCGAUACCUGUUUUUUCUCUUGAAACUUUUUCAACUCACCUGUAGAGUGUUCACGUGUAGGAGCUGUCGCAAAAAUCGGGUUGAAGUGGCUGACCGCGAUGGAACGAAUAUCUUGUGUUGCCCGUUAUCUGUAUACGAGAUGGGCGCCAUUUGGUGUAUCGUAGCCAAUAUUUCAGAAUGUAGCCUAUAAAUAUAGUAACGUUGCUGAGGCAUGAGGUCUUGUGCGUCUUCUGCUUCGGACUUCAGUGACUUUACGAAGGCCUUGUAAGAUGUGUUUUUAUUAGUAUUUGUCCAGCCCGGCUGUGUGGGGGCUACUGGUGCACUUUAAAUAAAAGUUGGGAUACCAGAUCUUUGGAGUUUUUUUUUUUUGUUUGUUUUUUUCCACCCCCGUUAUUUAUGAUGAAGUAAAAAAAAAAAAAAUGUAACAAAAUGACUGAAAAUGGUAAGUGCAUAAGGCAAGAUUUUAUGGAGCAUAUGAGGAUAUAACCUGAUGUGAUUUUGGGAAAUAAAAUGUUCCUUGCUUCGGCUCCCAUCUAUUCUAUUAAACUACGCUGAUCAAUACGCAUUUUAUUGCCAAUCUUAUUAGAGCGGAUUUGGGAUAACAGUUACUGAUUCCGAAUAUGAUGUCCUUUUUUUUUUUAGAUUAACACUUAAUUUUUGAGCUCCAUGGACGAGGCGUAAGAAAAACACAAUAGACAACACCAACAGCUCAACUGGGGUGGUAUUCAGUAUACCGGUUGUUGGGAUCCCGGCACACAGUAUACCGGCACCAGAAUCCCGACAGCCGGUAUACCGACGCCUUUUCUCCCUCUUGGGCGUCCACGACAACCCUGGAGGGAGAAUAGAUAGCGUUGCACCACCGUGCCCGCAGUGUGGCGAGCACAGCGAGCCCGCAAGGGGCUCAUUUACGCUCACCCCGCUGUCGGCAAUUGGCGGUUGGGAUCUUGGCGCCGGUAUGCUGGCUGCUGGGGACCCGGCCGCUGCAACUCAUACCACACCCCUCAACCGACUGCUGAUUAGGUGUACAGUCACUUAUAUACGGAUGUGGGGUGGGGGGGGAUAUUUUAGAAUAAACAUAGAGUAAACAAGUACAAUAUUUACUUUUCACCUUCUAAAAUGUUCUGGUAGAUUCCAAUAUAGCUACGUUUCCUAUUAAGGGUAUCCAUUAUCUCAAGAACUAGAGCCAAUUUGAAAACGCUCCUUUCAUUUUUUAAUUUGGCAACCCCAAAAUACCCUAAAUUAUUGAAUUGCCCCUGGCGACUAAACACAAUUUUAUUUUAUUUUUUUGGGCUGUAUUAUUCAUUGGUUUCUUGCUCUACUCUUGUGUCGUCACUAUAGCUUUAAUAGGUUGUCGGCUUUAGAGAAAGUGUCUUUCUCUAGAUACCCUGCUCCACUGAUGAUUGACACGGGUAAAGGGACUAACUGAAAAAGGGGCGGGGCCAAAACUAGCCAUUAUACUACAUGCUUUUUUAAUAUGACUUUGCGAGCAAAAACAAAACAUUUAUGCAAUUGUAAACUCCAGAACCAUGCAAAUUUGUAUUAAAAUAGAAUUGCCAAUCUCUUCUUUUGCAAACUGAUUUUUAUUGUAUAUACCAGGUUUUUUUUUUUAAGUUGCCUAUUUGUCUUAACCUGUACUAGUUUUACACAAGAAAACCCUACAUACACCAUAUCAUGGGUCUCGUCAUCAACUGACGACCUUGUAUGUAUAUAUAUAUAUAUAAAUUAGUCACAAUGGUAUGACAUAUUCAUCAGAGGGGAUAUGUAUGCUUUUUAUCUAGAUGUUAGUACCACAACAUACCUGAUUGCAUUACGUGGUUUACCUUUUUAUAUACUGCAUCAGUUGUAGUGUCUUUAUUUGUUGACUUGUAAAGUAGAAAGUGACUUGUGUUCUAACAGAUUACUAAUUCUCAAUAAACUGCUAUUUGUUUAUUA